UGAUAAUAAAUAAAAUUGGUAGGAAGAAAAAAAUUGUGUACUGUCUACAAUUAAACUCAUAAAGAUGCUCUAAAUUUAAAAAAUAAUUAUAAAAUAAAUUGAACAACAAGAUUUAUUGCAGAAAAUAGAUGCAACCAUUAUGGCAAGGCAGAAAGUGAUGUGAUACAAAUCAAAAAACGAAUUAGCAGCUGACCUUAGAAAAUCUAUGGCAAAUGUUGUGCUAAUAACAAAUUAAUGUAAAUAAAACAAUCGGCCUAAUUUGGUUUGAUUUGGAGUAGUCAGAGCCAAAAGCAUCCGGUGAAAUUUCGCAACAAUUUUCCAAGUUUAAACAGCGAAUUCUUAAGGACUUGCGAGUACGUCCCACAGUUUGCAGACAUUUCAUCAAGAACACCCCACCCCCACCCAGAAAAGAAGACAGCCAGCAGCCACUGACGAAGACAACGGCAAAAAAGCAAUGACAAAAAUGAAAUUGCUUACAGCACAUGUGCCAAAGUAAGGAAAUACUCCAUUUACACCUCCAAGGAAAGAGUAUGUUUGAUUAGAGGUAUAGUAAACCACAUACAUCCCCAAUCCUUGUAGAACUGUUAAGAAAUCUACUAGUCACCUCAUUAGAGAAACCAGCAUUAAAAUCUACACACCAGCACAAGCACUGGGACUACCGUGCAUAACUAUUUAAAAUAGAGGAAACAAGAAAGACAUCGAUUGCAUUUAUUUGUCCAGAAUAGUUUUCUUAAUUGUAAGAAAAGAAGAAAACAGCCGUAACAAACCAUAUUAUAGACUUUAUUGUAUUCAAAUCUCCAAACAAACACCCGCAUACAUAUACACUCAAAAAACAGGCAAACACAUCUACGCACGCAUACACAUACACACACACACACACAAAGAAAAAUGGGUAACAAAAAUUCAUGCUGUGCCUAUUCGAGUCCGCAGUCGGAUCGAAAAUCAAAAGAUAUACCGCCCGUUUAUGAAGAACGUCAUCACAUACAUCAGCACACCUCGCAACACCAUCUGGGAGAUGGUGGUGUCCAUACAUCGUCUACAGCUGCCAUACACCAUAGCGCAGAAAUGGUGAACAUGUCACAGACACUUCAGCAUAUAUCCGAGCGUGAAGCCACAGAGGGCGAAGAAGAUCCAUCCGUUGAUCCUACGGCGGCCACAAUGUUCCUCGAACGUUCGAAGGUGGAAAAUGGUGGCAUCACUCGUAAGCGAUCUCAACAUCAAAUUGCACAACAGAAUUCUACGGGUGGCUUGAAGAAGUCCUCCUCCUGUUCGACUAUUUAUUUGGACGACAGCACCGUAUCUCAACCGAAUUUAAAGAACACUGUAAAAUGUGUAUCGCUAGCCAUUUAUUAUCACAUAAAGAAUCGUCAAUUCGAUAGGCGUUUAGACAUUUUCGAUGAGAAGUUGCAUCCGCUUACGCAUGAUCCAGUGCCCGACGAUUAUGAUUCUCAUAACCCCGAACACAGGCAAAUCUACAAAUUUGUGCGAACUCUAUUCAAUGCGGCACAAUUGACUGCUGAGUGUGCCAUUAUAACCCUAGUCUAUUUGGAACGACUUUUGACAUAUGCCGAUCUGGAUGUGGGUCCAUGCAACUGGAAGCGUAUGGUAUUGGGUGCCAUUUUGCUGGCAUCCAAAGUGUGGGACGACCAGGCCGUAUGGAAUGUCGAUUACUGCCAAAUCCUUAAAGACAUUACCGUCGAAGACAUGAACGAGUUGGAAAGACAAUUUCUAGAACUGCUGCAAUUCAAUAUCAAUGUUCCCUCAUCGGUUUAUGCCAAAUACUACUUUGAUUUGCGCACCCUAGCUGAAGCCAAUGAACUGUCAUUUCCCACUGAGCCCUUGUCAAAAGAGCGCGCCCAGAAAUUGGAAGCAAUGUCUCGAGUUAUGCAGGACAAAGUUACAGCGGAGGCCUUGAAAAAUGGCAUUAAGAAGUGGUCAUCCAUGGACAACAUCAGCCAAGGUGGGCCCAGACGGAGUGUGGCUAUUCUAUCGUGAUUUUUAUUAGUAUACUAAGAAGGUUCAAUAAUAUCAUUUGCAAACUAUUCGAAGAAAUGAUGGAAACCAAUUGCCAAAAUUAAAUCUCUCAUUUGUGUGCACACCAGACAGACAGACAGACAAACAAACCUUUUCUCCGAUAUUAAAGCGUUUGCUUAGCAAAAGCUGCUGAACACAAAAAUCACAAGAAAACAAAAGAAAAUAAAAAACAAAACAAAAAACUAAAUAUUAUUAUUAAUAUUAUAAAAGUAAAUAGCGAAACGUUUUAAAGUAGAGUGAAGUAAACAACUUAUACGAAAUUUAAAUCCCAUACAAAGUUUUACUACGUCUACUACUUACUACUACACUACUACUACUACUACCAUUAAAAACAACAAUAACAAACACAAACAAAUGCAAUUUUCUAACUAGUUUUAAAUAUGAAAACGAGAAAAAAAACCCAAAAAAGAAACAAAUUCGUUUAAAACUUUUUUACCAUUUUCAUUUAUUUUGGCUGCUAUUACAAAACGAACGAAACCAUUUAAACUAUGUAUACAUACAUACCUUAUAUCGUUUUUGUUUCUUUAUACAACAACUAAUCUACACACACACACACACACACCUAUUAUUAUUUUUAUUUCAUAUUUUGUUUGUAAAUUUUUGAAUUUCGUUGGUGCCAAGUCCAAUUUGCUUAAGCACCUAUGCAAGAUCUGCUUAAAAAGUUAGAUCUUGUACUUGCGCUGCACACUCCAAUUGAAACAAACGCCAAAUUUCCAAGCAUAUCUAAUUUUUAUUUUAACGAAUGAGGAUUUGCCUAUGAAGAAUGGACGCAGCACCAAUGAUUUUUUUGUAGAAGAUUAGCCGAAAACAAAAGAUAUAUCCAAAACACUUUUGUAAAAGAAUUUAUGUGAUGUUUAAUUUAUGUUCAAUUAAAAACAAACCACUUUUGUUUAUAAA